GAUGUAACUAGUGCGCAACUGUAACAAAUUCCGUGUUCUCAAGGAUAUAAAUUUAAUUUUGCCAUACUGCAGCAGGAUCACAAGUUGCCUUUGCCUAUAAAAUUUUUCAUAAAAACUGGGCGCACUUCAAAAGUCGAGCCCAUGGCGUGGCUAAAUUUAUUUUUGACUUUCGGCUUACUGAUAGCAGUAGUGGUCAGCGAGGAUUGCGAAAGCUUUCAGCUGGAAGAGCCUUACUAUCGCAGUGUGUGGAACGUCACCAAUUGCAUUAAAAAAUGCACUAAAGAAGUAGCCGAGGCGUUCAAUGCUAGCGUUAUACCUCCUGGAUAUAAAAUUAAGGCUGGAGAAGAAAUAAAGGAGCACUUCAUUUUUGAUGAAUUUUGUACCAAUUUUGAUUUUUUGAAUACGUCUGAUAGCUACAAUGCACAUGUUAUACACACAGACGGAGGCUUAGAGUUUGAAAACUAUAUUAAUCACUCAUUUUAUGACUAUUGCCUCGUACUUGAUAAGGACAAUAUCAGCCAAUAUCAUAUUUUGCAAUGCAAGCUCAUUGAGGAUAACUCUUUGCGACGAAUCAUUUACACCGCAUUAAUUUUGGUGUCUGCACUAUUCCUUUUGUUCACCUUAAUUGCAUUUUUAAUGGCACCUGAGAUGCAGAAUUUGCAUGGCAAGAACAUAGCAUGCCAGUCACUUACUUUGAUGCUUGGUAUGAUUGGACUGGCACUUAUCGGCUUUGGAAAUUUUGAAAAUCAUGCAAAUAAGACACUGUGCAAGAUUACAGGAUAUUUGACGUAUUUCUUUUUGAUGAGCUCAUUUUUCUGGCUGAACUCAAUGUGCUUUGAUAUUUUCUGGACUUUUAGCAAUUUCAAAAAAAUGACUGGAUCUCUACACGAAACAAACAAUAGGAAAUUAAUCAUGUACACAAUUUACUGCACUUUGGGCCCACUGACGUUUUUUAUACCGAUGAUGCUCUUUGACUUGACAAUGAGAGACACAAGCAGUAUCUUAAAUCCCUCGAUUGGUAGCGACUGGUGCUGGUUUAAACACGAUGAAACCUCAAAAUCAGAAGUGCUUUUUUUUCAAGGACCAGUACUGAUUUUACAAGUCGGAAAUAUCAUCUUCUUCAGUGUUGCAUUCGUUAAAAUAGUUUUCUUCAAUAGACGUGGUACGCGAACUCUCAGUAGAACCAACAGCCGGCGCCACGCAGGAAACGAUGACCGACAGAGAUUGUUUCUAUACUUCAAACUUUUUCUGCUGAUGGGAGGUACGUGGAUAAUGGAGUGCAUCUCAUGGUGGUGUCGCUUGGACAACUGGUUUUGGACUACCUUCGACAUCAUCAAUUGUUGCAGGGGCGUUCUGAUUUUCAUUUUAACCGUUGCAACAAAUCAGAGAGUCCGUAAUUCAAUUCUGCGCAGACAUUUCCCUAGAUUCGUAAGCCAAAUACCACAGAAAACAAUUGGUUCCAACGUUUCUGGCAUGUCUACUUUAAGUGAUGACCAUAAAAAGCAAAAAACAACUGCAUUGUAAAGAUUUCCAUUGAAUAUUACUUUUAACCCUUUUUUAAAAUUUAAAAAGUCAGAGUUUUUAUUAUUAAUAUAACUUUCUAAGUCCAAGCAGGCAUGACUUUUUAAGAAAACGCACAUUAUAAUAACCUUUGUUCUAUUAAAGCUUUUUGCAUUUUUAAUUACUUUUUUUAUCAAAAUGCUUUCCAAACUUUUAAUGUAUAUUUUGCUUAAAUUCUCUGAAACAUUAUCCACUCUGAAAUUUCAUUUAAAGUUAUAUUAUUGAUCCACUAAAAAUCAAGUCUUUUU